GGGUGCGGGGCGCGCGCGCGCGGCGGGCGCGGUGGCGGCGACGGCGGCCGGAGGAGGGGCCGGGAGCGCGGCCGAAGGACGCCCCGUCCUCUAACUGCAGCCCCCUGACUGAGCCGGGUGCGGCGAGGAGGCGGCGCCGCUGCCCUGGCUGCGGGACUGCCCUCGGUUCCCGCCCGCCCUGACGCCAGCGCGGCCCCCGGGCAGCGCGGGCGCCGGGGGCUCCGGGUCCGCCUUGGGCAAGGAGACCGCGCGGGACGCCUUCUCGGCCCCGCAGCUGUCCCGACGUGCGACCGGCGCGCGGCUGUCCAGGUCCUGCUUCGAUAAAGAUUACAUGUGAAGAGUGGUAAAAGGGAACAGUGAUUUCUCAAGUGGCCUGGAGAGAAAAAGCACUGGUCAGCAUCACGUGGACAGAGAUGCUCAGUGUUUCCCGAAGAUGCUGUUGAAGUAGUCUUCCUACUGCUGUGCUUCACUCAAAGUUCUUCAUAACAUGGGCUGCAUGAAAUCAAAGCAAAUUUUCGCAUUUCCUACCACAACUGAGAGUGACAAGCGGCACACAAGUGCAGAGAGCUUUAUGUCAGAUGAGAGAUUUCAACCUAGGAUGCCUUCUCAAACUACCAGUAAGGAAGUGAAGGAACCUACAGAAUCUGAGGUCGUGGUCUUCGAAUUUGCACAUCGCCUAUCCCAGGAAAUCUUGAGUGAUGCCUUGCAGCAGUGGGCAGACAGUAACACCAAGUACUGUGACAUCCCAUUCAUUGAGAAUGAGGGGCCUUGAGGCUGUAGAAUUAUGACGCCGCCUUGAACUGUGGACAGAGUUGGUGCUAGUUUCAACACAUGAAACAAAAGCAACAUGUUGUAUGAAUAAAUGUUGAUUCCAUCUGAAAGUAAUAAUCAGUCUAUGGUCAUAUCAAGAGUAUAGGAAUACCUAAUAUGAAUGUUUUAAGCAGUUCUGUGGUAACAGCAGUUUCUACCUGCCUGUUCUUAGAUUGUAGUCACUUAAAGGGCUAAACGUAGGUCCUGUGGCACCACACUAAUCAGCUAUGUCACAUACAGCUUCAGAUGGUAUAGCAUCACCAAAAAAAGAAAUAUUUAAAAAUGCCCCAUGUCUCCAAAUGGUUUAAAGACACUCUUAAAAUAAUGUGAACUUACACCAAAACCAAGAUAUGAAAAGGAUUGUUCUUGAAAUGUCUUGGCAGUGAAUGGCACUCAAGCCAUAGUGAUUAGCAGUAGCUUUUGUUUGUCCAAACCAUUCGUGUUAAGGAUCCCUACUUCUUAACGCAAAUGAUCAAGCAUUAGAAAGCAACCCACAUAGAAGAGACCCACCUUGACCCUCAGGGCCCCAAGUACAGCUGUUAUUGGAUGGUUCACACUUUUUGUAUAAGGCAUCUCAACAAGACACAAUUUAUAGAAGUCAUGGCAUUAAUGUUUAUCACAUUGAAUUAAGCCCAGUGAUAUAUUAAUAUAACUAUACAAGCAAACAAGUUUGGGUACCUUUAUAAACAGCAAUCCAAUAAAUUUUAAAACAACAGAAGCCCUAGUUGGCAAGGUAAAAAAGCAUAAUCUGGUCUCCGUGCUGAAUGUGUAUUAAGAUUUGCUGUCUCAAAGAUGUAGAGGGUUAUUUUAUUUUUUUUAUGGUAACAAUGCCCAUAGGGCAUUUACAGCCAUAUGCUAUUCUAUUGUCAUAAACUUGGCCGUUUUAGGAAUCUUUUUUUAAGAACAAGAAUUUAGUACUGUUUGAGAUCACUAGUGACAAAAAAUUUAGGAGAGAGGGAAGAAGAUACUAAGAUGUAACUUGUAGGAAGAUUGGGAAUCAGUCUCUAGAAUUAUCUUUACAUCAAGACUUUGCUACACAUUGAGUUUAACUGGAAAGGGAGUUAUUUAAGCCCAUUUGCAUUAGAUCCUUUUGUUAAGAUACAACAGACUCUCCUCACUGAAAUCUAAAGGGAGGUGGAGAAAGAGGAAGGCUUGUGACCUCUUUAAAGAAAUAAAUAUGCAUUUGGCCUUUUAAACAGACAGAAAUGCUACCUCUAAUUUUAACAAUUAUACUUUGGAACCCACAAUCAAAUAGAGUGAAUUCUCCAAGUUAUUUAGGCAAAGAAAAUUCUUUGAAUUGAGUGAUGUGCUUCUUCCAUUGCCUUUGGACGUCCCGUCAUUCGGCUUUCCCUUCACCUAUUCCCAGGCCAUCUUAGCAACCGAGAAGAUGGAAAAACCACCACCCCUGUUUAUAUAAGGCUGGGAACAGAAAGUUUCCUAAAACUGCAAAACAUAUUUCCAGCUCAUCAUGAAAAAGUUAGGUUUCUGAGUGUUAAUACUGAGUCAGACAAACACCUAGAUGUUGCUGUUUUUCAUUCAUUUUAUCUCUCAGGACACUUUUGCUGCAAGGUCAGUUGUAAUACAUAUUAUGGUGAGAACACAAAGCCAUAUACAACAAGCAGCACACUGCACUAAAAUUUUCAGCACACAUAGGGACCUAGGCUACUGGGUUUUGGUUAUAUCUAAUUAUUUUAAUCUCAGGUUCCUCCUCUGCCCUGGGUUCCUGUUUCUCCAGGGGUGUGGGAUGUCUUCCAGAUCUGAACCUGGCUGGAAGUGUAAACUCUGUUGCCACCCUCUCUGACACUGUGGCAGUACAGUUUUGUCACCAAGCACUACCCCCUCAUCCCUGAAUCAUUUGAACAGAGUAUAAUGUCCUGUCACAUACAGAGACUAUCUUGGACAUGUAUGUCACAUUAUAUGUCAAACCACGGACAAGGAAGUACAGGGCUUGCAUAAUCGGCGUAUUAGUGGAUAAACCAAGUUGGGAGCAGGCAGGAAAAGUCCUGGAUAAACAAAUUUCUACUGCACGUGGUAGUCAAUCAAGAUAUAGUUUGGCCUUGAUGAUAAGAAAGAUAACAUCUUUAAUAGGAUAUUCAGCUUCUUUCCUAUCUUCAUAUUUAAACAUUGUUGGACAUACUUCAUUUUAAAGGUCUUGCAUGAGCAAUAAAAGAGUAAAAUGACUGUUUCAGGGAGAGACAUAUAAAACAGAAGACUGAAAGAAUUAUUAGCUACUGGGAAGGGAAACAUUUGUUCCAACUCAUAUCACAAACACAGAUGAAAUAAGAAUAAUAGCCAAAGAGUAAGGGAGAGGAAAACCAGGAAAAGCGAGCCCAAGAAACGGCACUGAUGCCAAACUCCAUCAGAAGACGCACUGCACAAACAAGCUCCCAGUGUUUUCAACUGAGGGAAGGGACACAGCAGCAACUUACCACACUGACACGAGCCCAACCCCUGGAUCCAGUAGAGGGCCGCGUGAGAGGCCACCAGCCCCACAAAGAACCUGCACGAAGUGGAAGCAGCAGACUUGCAGAGGAAAUGUGCCCGUUCCUCAUUCACAAAGACGCACAGAACCCCACAAGCGCGCUUCACCGCCCCUUCCCCGGUUCAGUGACCUUUCAGUUACAGGCCCAUGACGUGAGCUCUUCACUUUCAGUUGCCUUACCAGUUCUCUGCAAACUACCUAUGGUUAUUAUGGGAACCUAAAGCACAAUUUUGAAGGGGAUGAAAAUGAGCAUAGUCCAAAAGGAGUAAUUUUUGUCAAAUUGCCUUAUUAGUAUGAAAAAUAGACACACUGAAUGAGCAAUGCAUGAUACUCCUAUAUCCUACUCAAUAUCACUGACAUUUUAUGAAAUGGGGGAACUAUACUUUUGUAUUAUACAGGUUUAGAAAUCAAAAAUUACUUUAAAAAACAAAGUUCUGAUUAAGCAAAUAUACUCUGCUUAAUCAUAAUGCCCUCAUCCAGUAUUUGCGUGACCGAACAGGACAUGUCUUGCUUGGAGUACUGGGCACAAGCCCAGACACACUCCCUAAAAUCUUACUUUGCAAAACUCAAGCCUUAUUAGCAAAUUCUCUUCCCUCUCAGACUAAACUAUGAAAUGGUGUAUUUUUCCAAAUAUUUUUGUGAAAACACUUUUUUGUAACUGUACAAAUAAAAAUCUAGUUGCAACUAA